GAGAGACAGUGGAGAGAAGAGUGAGAGACCUACUCUGUGCUGCACAUCUCCAUUUCGGUGCUGCUGUAUCCUCUUCUAGACCAGACGAUGACGCCUUCGGAGCUCCUCAUCCCUCAGUGGUUCCAGCACCUGCUCAUUGUGCUUCUGAAACUGAGCCUCUCCUCAGCCUUCCCUUUAAAUGAUACCAAUGGGACAGCGUGCACAGCACGAGGCCCUGCUUCCUACAUCCUAGUGUUCACUGGCCAGUGGAGUCCUCAGAUGUUCCCGAAACAGUACCCUUUGUUCCGACCCCCUGCACAGUGGUCCAAGCUUGUAGCUGUCACCCACAAUGAGCGUUACCGGUUGUGGCAGGAAGGGGCAAUGGCGAGCCCCGGUGUGCAGAGUUUUGCUGAGCUCGGAGUCACGGUUGAGCUGGUAAAGGGGGCAAAAGAAGGGAGGAGGAGGAGGGUUGUUGGCUCCAUGUACCGCACAGCCGGGAUCCCAUCUGGAGUUGGCCACAGUUCCACUGAGCUUGUUCUUCAGCCCAGGAACCCAAUGCUCUCCUUGAUGGUAAAAGUGAUUCCCAGCCCUGAUUGGUUUGUCGGAGUGGACAGCCUAAACUUGUGUGAAGCAGGGCAAUGGAAAGAUGAAGUGACUUUAGACCUACACCCGUUUGAUGCUGGGACGGACAGUGGGUUCACGUUCUCCUCACCCAAUUUUCCCACGAUGCCCCCUGAGAACAUUUCAAUGAUCAAGUCACAGAAACCGAAUCAUCCUGCAAACUCAUUUUACUACCCGAGGCUGUCUGAGCUUCCACCACUAGCUACCAUUUGGCUGAAGAAACAACCUCGCUCGCCCAUCCGUCAGCACAACCACGUGUCCAAUCACAUCCUCCCUCAACUCAGCAAAGCAUCACUAUAUACGGAGACGCCGCUGGACUGCGAGGUCUCCAUGUGGUCAUCCUGGGGGCUGUGCUUGGGGCCGUGCUCCAGAGGAGGAGUGCGCUAUCGUACACGCUACAUCCUUCUGAAACCUGCUAACAGCGGCACCCCAUGCCCCGAACUAGAGGAACAGGCCGAGUGCACACCAUAUAACUGCCUGGUGCAUCAGUGAUGCCCAUUUCAGUGCUGGCACACACACACACACACACAAGCACAUAUACACACGCACACACGCCCUGACACUGUCCAGAGCCACUUUGAGUUGCAAAGCAGUGCUAUGUAAUUCCUAAAGAGGUCAGAGGUCACAGCGAGCGGUGGCCUAACAUACAGGUUUAGCCGGGAUAAAUUCUGCAUUCAGCUUCCAAAGAACCCCUUUUUUUUAUAUUAACGAAUUAUCGCAUAAUUUGCAGACAUUAUAAUUACAGAUUUUUUUUAAUUGAGUUUUUUUGUUAGUAUCUACAUUUCACAACAGCACUGAGACAAAAGUACUUCAGUUGUGGAAUGAUUUGACCAACAGUGCCCUCCACUAGUACACUUUAAAUAAGCCCAAUAAGACUGAAAUCUUAUACCGGGUCAAUUAGGAUGAGUCCCUUUACAUUAUUAGUUUGCCAGUCUCCGUUAUGUAAUCUUCUAUUAUUAUUACAGUAUUGUUUUGUUCCCUCAACAACCUUUGAAAUGUUGUAUAUAUGAUGUAUUUAAUCAUUUUCUCCUUGAAAUAAAUGUGGAGUUGUUUCCUAA